AUGAAGGUCAUCGCCGACGACGACGAGGCCUUCUCGGGCAUUCGGCCGUCCUUGCAUCGGCGCCACACUAUGGGUGGUAACUCGUCGGUGGCCUCGGACUCGGCGCACGCUCCGAUCGUAUGGAGACCGGUGAUGCCGAUGGGGCGUCGGUCAACGCUGGUGUCGUCGCCAUCGGAGGACGUUGGGGAUAUGCGAGCGACUAUCGACGGCUCCAUGAGGACGAAAAGGUCCAUUAGCGACGUCACCAGCCACAGCCGCCGCUCCGGGGACAAGGCCAACUUCGCCCUGCACGACGUGGACGCCUUCAGUGUGGAGCGUGCCAAGGUGAUUCGUCGUAUCAGCGAGGAGCGCUACGCCCGAUUCCUCAACUUCUUCAAGGGCAACGAACCGGAGCUGGCGAAGGAGAUUCAGGCGAGGAGCGCCUUCUCGAGGGAGCAGUUGGACGCCUGGGUGAACUACAUCGUGAGCCCCAAGGUGCUGCGCUGCAUCGUUCGUAGUAAAGACACCCAGCAGGAACUCCUGGGCCUGCUGAUGGUGUCUGCCGCGAUCUCAAAGUAUGGCGAGAGUGAAUUGAUGGCCAAGGACAGGAGGGGCGACCUGAGUGCCCAGCAGAAUAUAAAGCUUCACCCUUACGAUGAGUACUCAAGUAGCAACCAGGAACCACCUGCACAUGUUAACAACAAGGGUGCGGUCGCCAUGGAAUUCGUGAUACGAGUCAACGCGCGGUUGCCGGAAGACAGGCGUGUUGGUGGCGUGGUGCUUAGAGAGAUUUUGGCCUAUGCCAGCACCACGCAUCUCAGCAACGAGACGAACGAGCAAGGUGACGACAAGAGUCUCAACAGAGAGGAGGAGCGAACGAGGCAGAUCGUCAUGCGCGUUCAGUCGGAAUGGUUCCAGGACGCCAUGAUCAAGGCAAACGGACGAUAUCUCUAUGAUGCCAUCCGACAGAUCCUCUGCAACGUGGACGAAGCGUUGUGGGAUGCGUCCAAGGACAAACUUGAGCUGCAGCGCGCCCAGAAGAGCGAUCGACUCGGGGCUGAGGUCCUGCAGGUCGAGCGGACAUCUGCGUCUGAAGUUCAGAUCCGACCCAGAAUGCCUCCACCGCCGCCACCUAGCGGACUAAGACAAAGAAUGCUUCCCCCGCCACGUCCAGAUGAGCCGACGAGAGAUGUCUCGAUGAUGAAAGAGGUUCCUCCUGUUCCGACGGCGAUCAGCACCCCAGGCAAGGUCAUGCGCUACACUCGAUCCUCGUCGAUGCCUGUCCAAGAGAUCCAAGAACGUGAAAGUUCGCCAAUUGUCGGAACAGUCAAAAUGCGGCGAAAACUGCAACCGCUCGGAGCUGCCCCGCGCCCCCGCGCGCUUCCUCCCAGGCGUCCUCGGGGCAAAACCCACGACGUCAUUGCCCACGUGUCAAGCACGUUCGUCAUCAAGGCCCAAGAGCUCGAGUAA